CUUCCAUACAAAGGAACUGUUUUGGAAAGCCACAGAGCUCAGAACUAGAGGGAGCCUGGAAUGAGCUGAUCAUCUGCGAGAAAGAUUGUACUUCAAGAGGCUGAAAACUAAUCACAGCUCCUAAAAAAAUGAAGAACAAUCCCUUUGUCCAUCUUUCCAUCUUCUCAUUCCAGUUAUUGAUUACAGUUUAUUAUGUUAUGAGUGCACCCUCCCCUAUUAUUAAGUUUCCAGGAGACACUUCACCUAAAUCUGACAAGGAACUAGUCACUCAAUAUUUGCUUAAAUACUAUGGAUGCCCUAAAGAAACAUGUCUGAUGGAGCUUAAGGACACUUUGAAAAAAAUGCAGAAAUUCUUUCGGCUGCCUGAAACUGGAGAGCUAGACCAGAAUACCAUUGAAACAAUGAAAAAGCCAAGGUGUGGCAAUCCCGACGUCUCCAACUACCAAUUCUUCCCCAGAAAACCCAAAUGGGAAAAGAAUGAUAUCACUUACAGGAUUAUAGGGUAUACAAUAGAUCUGGAUUCUGAAACAGUGGAUGAUGCUUUUGCUCGUGCAUUUCAAGUCUGGAGUGAUGUCACACCUCUGAAGUUCACCCGGCUCCAUGAUGGAGAAGCAGAUAUCAUGAUAGAUUUUGGACGAUGGGAACAUGGAGAUGGUUAUCCAUUUGAUGGGAAAGAUGGACUUUUGGCUCAUGCAUUUGCACCUGGAUCAGGGGUUGGUGGGGAUUCCCAUUUUGAUGAUGAUGAGCUGUGGACACUUGGAGAAGGUCAAGUUGUGAAAGUGAAAUACGGGAAUGCAGACGGAGAGUUCUGUAAAUUCCCCUUCCUGUUCAGUGACAAGGAAUACAACAGCUGUACAGAUGCUGGACGAAAUGAUGGCUUUCUCUGGUGUUCAACCACAUACAACUUUGAUGCAGAUGGAAAGUACGGCUUCUGCCCCCACGAACUGCUCUUCACUCUGGCCGGUAACGCUGAUGGAAAGCCUUGCAAAUUUCCUUUCAAGUUUCAAGGUACCAGCUAUGAUGGCUGCACAACCGAGGGAAGAUCGGAUGGCUACAGGUGGUGUGCAACUACAGAGGACUAUGACAAAGAUAAGACCUACGGAUUCUGUCCAGAAACUGCAUUGUCCACAGUGGGUGGUAAUUCAGAAGGCUCUCCCUGCGUCUUUCCUUUCACCUUCCUUGGCAACAAGUACAACUCAUGCACUACGUCCGGACGCAGCGAUGGCAAGCUGUGGUGUGCCACUAGCAGCAACUAUGAUGAUGACCGGAAGUGGGGUUUUUGUCCUGAUCAAGGUUAUAGUUUAUUCUUGGUGGCUGCUCAUGAAUUUGGGCAUGCCUUGGGACUUGAGCACUCCGAUGAUCCAGGGGCUUUAAUGGCUCCAAUUUAUACUUACACCAAGAACUUCAAACUCUCACAAGAUGACGUUAAUGGAAUCCAAGAACUCUAUGGACAGUCAACUAAGGUAAAACCAGGACCGGGACCUGCUCCUACGCUGGGACCAGUGACUCCAGAAUUGUGCACAAAGGACAUUGUGUUUGAUGCUAUUUCUCAAAUCCGAGGGGAGACAUUCUUUUUUAAAGACAGAUUUAUAUGGAGAAGCGCGAACAUGAGAAGCAGGCCAUCCGGACCCCUGCUUGUGGCUACCUUCUGGUCUGAACUGCCUGAAAAGAUCGAUGCUGUGUAUGAAGAUCCAGAGGAAGAGAAAACCGUCUUCUUUGCAGGUAAUGAGUAUUGGAUCUACUCUUCAAGUGAACUAGAAAGAGGUUAUCCGAAAAAACUAACAAGUUUGGGACUGCCCCCUGACGUACAACGUGUGGAUGCAGCAUUUAACUGGAAAAAGAACAAGAAAACUUACAUAUUUGCUGGAGACAAGUUCUGGAGAUAUAAUGAAGGGAAGAAGAAAAUGGAUCCUGGCUUCCCUAAACUAAUUGCAGAUGCAUGGAAUGGUGUCCCUGACAGCUUGGAUGCAGCACUAGACCAGAGUGGAAGUGGAUACAGUUAUUUCUUCAAAGACUGGUACUACCUUAAACUGGAAGAUAAGAGCCUGAAGAUCGUGAAAGUCGGCAACGUCAAAAAUGAUUGGCUUGGCUGUUAAGAUGCAGCAAUCUCAUAUCAUCUUAUACAUUCCUUCCCUGUAUAAUUACUCGGGACACGUCUGUCUCAGUUAUUGCAUACAAAGAUAUAAUAAUGGCCCAGUCUGGCACUGGCAUUUGUGAAGUAUAGGUACACUGGUAUCAUUCACACAAUAAUUUAAAUAUUGUGUACCCAUGAAUAUAUUAUAACCUACAUUGUACCAUGGAUAGAGCUGGAACGAACACUUCAUUCUUUGAAAGCUUUCUCUGCGGUUCCAAAUUAUUAUUGAUCAACAUCCCCAUAACUGUAAAUUAACUCACUAUGGUGCUUUAGCACAAAGUAACUAUUUCCAAUGUUUUUAUAACUGCAAUUUAUAUACCAUUGCCUAAAACAGAGCAACAAUAUAUCCAUGUCCUUUUUGUAACUUUAUAUUAAUUCUUCAUCUAAAUAUACAUGGGCACAGGCUGCCUACAUUAAGAUGUCCUGUGGAAUCAUGGCAGGUUCCAGGUAUACUAUAUACUCUGUAAAUGUUUCAACUUUGUAGGCAAUUAUC